CGUAAGCAAGAUGGCGGCUCCCACGCUCUUCGCUUGCCAUCGCCGGCUUCUUGUGGGCCUGAGGACGACGCUGCCCCGACUUUGGGCCUCUGAGGAGAGCCGGCAGUUCCAUGCAGAAGGGCCGGAACCCCAGCCGCGGGCGAAGCCGGCCAAGAACCUCUUGGCCGACCAGUGCGAGCGGGGUCUGUUCCAGGAGGUGUUCCCGCCUCAGGUCGCUGAGGAGCAGCUCGUUGACCUCCUCGAGGCGGGCCGCCCGCCCGUGGCCGUCUACUGCGGUUUCGACCCGACGGCCGACUCGCUUCACGUCGGGCACCUGCUGACGGUCAUGGGCUUGCUGCACUUCCAGCGCGCGGGCCACGACGUCAUCGCCCUGGUGGGCAGCGCCACGGCGCGCCUGGGCGACCCCAGCGGCCGCACCAAGGAGCGCGAGCUACUGCUCGAGGAGCGCGUCCGCGAGCAUGCGCGGGGGCUGCGCGAGGGGCUCGAGCGGCUGUUCGCCCACCACCGCGAGCUCUUCUGGCCUUCCAGCGGCGCGCGCCUCGGCCGAGCUAUCGUUUUAGACAACGCCAGUUGGCUGCAGCACCAGCCCGUGGUGGACUUCCUGUGCAGCGUGGGCGGCCACCUGCGCAUGGGCACCCUGCUGAGCCGGCAGACCUGCAAGGCCCGCCUCAACAGCCCCGCGGGCAUGGGUCUCACCGAAUUCCUGUAUCCGGUCCUGCAGGCUUACGAUUUCUUGCACUUGCACCUGCAUCACGGCUGUCGCAUCCAGCUGGGUGGCGCGGACCAGAUGGGUAAUAUCAUGUCUGGAUACGAGCUUGUCUCCAAGGUGACAGGUGAAGAUGUGUUUGGAAUAACUGUGCCUCUCAUUACAAGUACUACUGGAAAUAAAUUGGGGAAAUCUGCUGGUAAUGCAGUUUGGCUUAACAGAAAUAAGACCUCUCCAUUUGCAUUAUACCAGUUUUUUGUCAGACAGCCAGAUAAAGUUAUAGAAAGGUAUUUGAAACUUUUCACUUUCCUUCCUCUUCCGGAAAUCAAUCACAUAAUGGAAAUGCAUGCUCAAGAGCCUGAGAAGUGGGGACCACAGAAACGACUUGCUGCUGAAGUAACAAAGCUUGUUCAUGGCAAGGAAGGUCUGGAAGUUGCCAAGAGAUGUACAAGGGCCCUUUAUUACAGUGAUAUUACAGCACUGGAGAAUAUGUCUGAUGAAGAACUAAAGGAACUUUUUACUGAAGCACCAUAUAUUGAAUUGCUGCUAGAACCUGGAACAACAGUGCUCGAUUUGUGUCGCAAAGCUAAUGCUAUUGCAGAUGGGCCAAAGGGGUAUCGUGACAUAACAGUUGGUGCAGUUACUAUAAACCAUGUUGAAGUAAAUAAUCCUGAGGCUGUUCUUAUAAUUGGACAACAUAUACUCAGUAAUGGCUUAUCACUCCUGAGGGUUGGAAAGAGAAACUACUAUAUUGUAAAAUGGCUUCAAUUGUCUCAUGAAGAAUGAACAUAUUAAAGGUUUUCAGGUAUGUUUGGAAAGGCAAACUUAAGUACAUAUGUGGAAUUAUUAACUCCCAAGAAUGGCAGUAUUCUUGUGAUGUGAAUUACUUUUGCUCACUGUGUGAGAUUCGCUUAAGUAUGGUAUUCAGAAGACAGAUGGUAUUUUAUUUCAUACUUCAGUCAUGAAAUAUUUGCAGGCUCAAGCUUGCAAUCUAAUUCUAUUCAAAGAACGUAACUAUUGAAGAUGUCUGUAUAAAUUUACCUGGUCUAUACAUUAAAACAAAACUUCAAAAUUAUUUUGUAUCAAUGUACAAUUCUCUAACUGCUAAUGUAUGUAUAAGAAUAAAGCUUUUAUACUAGGAA